CCUUUCCAAAGACAUUUUCACUGAGAUGCCCAACUUGAAACUGAUAAAUAUAGCGGACAAUCACCUGAUACGACUGACCGAAGCCACGUGGCAGCCAAUUUGGAGUACGUUAUUGGAUGUUUAUCUACAAGGUAACCCAUUUAUAUGUGACUGUCAUGUACGCUGGUUGGUGCAAAAAGAAUCUGAAAUGGCUCAAGUGAUCAAAGUGAACAGAUAUCUUUAUGGCAGAUGUUUUACCCCGAGCUAUUUGAAAGAUAAGCGACUUGAAGAUUUGAAGUUAUCGGAUGUUGAAUGCAAAUAGUCAUUGUCAUAGUUAGUUAGUUUUACCUAUUAUUAUCAUUGUUAUAGUUAGUUAGUUUUACCUAUUAUUAUCAUUGUUAGAUAGAACUUUGUGAUGAUGUUUACCAUAAUGUAUUUGAAUAAACGCAAUUUUAAUUUAAAACCACACGUCACUUAUAUUGUUAUAAAAUACACAAACCUUGUAUGCUUGUACGAUUGCAAAAAUCAAUGUUG